AUUCUUGCGGCUCCGUGCGCCGGAAGUGAUUCCCCUGGCGCUGGGCUGUCAGGCUAGAGCAUCAGGAGAAGGGAGGAAGGAGGAAAGGAAAGGUUCUAGUCGUGUUUGUGCGCUUGCGUGGGUCAGACGUGGUUCUGGGAAGAGUGUAAAGAUUAGACUAAGAAAAGAGAAGCCAUGUUUCGAAGACCUUUAUUGCAGGUACUUCAUCAGUUUGUAAGACAUGAGUCUGAAAUAGCUAGCAGUUUGGUUCUUGAAAGAUCCCUGAAUCGUGUUCAGUUACUUGGGCGAGUGGGUCAGGAUCCUGUCAUGAGACAGGUGGAAGGAAAAAAUCCAGUCACGAUAUUUUCUCUAGCAACAAAUGAAAUGUGGCGAUCAGGGGACAAUGAAGAAUACCAAAUGGGUGAUGUCAGUCAAAAGACAACAUGGCACAGGAUAUCAGUAUUCCGGCCAGGCCUCAGAGAUGUGGCAUAUCAGUAUGUUAAAAAGGGGGCUCGAAUUUAUGUGGAAGGGAAAGUAGACUAUGGUGAAUACAUGGAUAAAAAUAAUGUGAGGCGACAAGCAACAACGAUCAUAGCUGAUAACAUUAUAUUUCUGAGUGACCAGACCAAAGAGAAGGCGUAGAAUGGACGAUUCUUCUUUGGCCAUUGUUUGACCCUCAUCUCCCAGCUUUUUCUUUCUUGUCUGAAAUGUGGCCAUUUCAUGGUUGAAUCUCCACUCACCAUGUUGGACCAGGAGGCGAUCUUUAGGAUGGAAGAUAGAAGAAGCGGCGAUCUGUGGAACCACCACCAUUCCAGGCCUGGACAGUCUGCCUACAGACUGCUUUGGGAGACACAAAUAAACCUCUGCUUUGUUUAAGCCACUUAUUUGUGUUUUGCGGUUAAGCCUAAUCCUUACUAAACCACACAUUCUUGCCUUUGUCUCCAAAUACAUGGUCAACUCUUUACUCUUAGCUUUGUGUUAUAUGACCUUCUACUGCAAGUAGAAGUUAAAUCUUACCACUGCUCCCACAGUCCUUAAAGUUUUUAACCUAUGUCUCAUUAAAUUUGAGGAAGGAACUGGGACAUAAAAAGUACAUGAAACCUUAGUAAUUAAUCUUAAAAAGAGUGAAUAUAAACGUAUAUUUUCAUCAAAUAAAUACUGUUUAAUUUUGCUUACAGGCCUUAAUGAGGAUCCUUAAUUAAUAGCUCCUUGUUAAGUAAAGGAGAUCCUAGUCUGAGUACGGAAGUAUUGUCCUUUUGCUUCCCCUGGCAGCACAGCAGACUAGGUAACAGGUGGGAGGCUUCCCCCUGCAGGGUAACUGGAUCCUAAGUACAAGACAAUUUUAAUUGCAUCAUUAACUAGUUAUUUUAAAUUGUUUUAAACUGGUUUUGUCAUAAAUAGUAUUAGGUU